AUGGGUAAGCGGAAGAAGUCGAGCAGGCAACCACAGCAACCUAGAAAGAGAGAACCGUUGCCUACGACAUUUGCGUGCCUUUUCUGCAACCACGAAAACUCCAUCGUCGUAAAACUAGACAAGAAACUUGGCCUAGGGAACCUGUCCUGCAAAGUCUGCGGUCAGCGAUUUCAGACGGGCAUAAACUAUCUCUCCGCUGCUGUUGAUGUAUACUCGGACUGGGUUGAUGCCUGUGACGCGGUUGCCAAGGAUACUGCUACCAAGUACGAGGAUAAUGAUCCUCGUGUCAGACCGUCGAACGAUUUCGCUACUUCCCCCAGCGCUCGUGAUGUUGGGUUCGAGGAAGCGGAUCGGAACGAUACAUAUGCCGAUGAAUACUGA